GGGGUUCUAAAUCACUGCCUAAACAUGGUGUGAUAUCAAUAGUUGGCACCUCAUGCCGCGCCGAGACGAAGAUCUGGAUCAUUAAGAGACACAAUCUUUUGUUCUUACUUCCAUAUCUAUAGGUUUAGUGAUGUUUAAACAAUGUCUGUUUGAUAUUGUAAAAUAUUUUUUGGCGUUGAGAGGUGAAAGAAAUCUCAAAUCCUCUUCUCACUUGAAAUUUACUCUCUUGACGAUCGUACACGCGUGUUUUUUCUUGUCCAGCAUCUUAACGAUUGCGAGGAUUAGGCUUUUGUUGGCUUGAGAUAAAGCGUCUUUUCAAGUGCAUCAUAUCCCAGGGAGUGAUCCAAAAAUGUUAGCUUUACUUUAUUACUCUUCCAACUUUCGUAUUGAGAUGACCUGGAGCAUCUUCUAUCAGUUCUACGCCUGUUUCUGCGCUAAUUGUGCGGCUGUUGUGUAUGGCAUCACAAUUGGAUGGGCAUCACCGAGUAUCCCGCUUUUGCAAUCUGAGAAUUCGCCUCUGCUGAGUGGUCCAAUCACGGAGGAAGAUGGCUCCUGGAUUAAUUCAAUUAUGUGCCUCGGAGGACUCUUUGGGACCUUCUUCUUUGGCUGGAUGGCUGACUAUUUCGGGAGAAAAUGGUCUCUGUAUUUGGUGGCUCUACCUAAAAUUGCUGCCUAUCUACUCAUCCUGAUUGCCUUGGAUGUAGAAUUCCUGUACGUGUCGCGAUUCCUAAGUGGCUUUGGUGGAGGCGGUGUUUUUGUCCUGGUGCCCCUUUUUGUGACAGAAAUUUCCGAAGAUCAAGUUCGUGGUGCUCUGGGAGCCUGCCUGAUCUUGAUUGUGAAUCUUGGUGUUCUUGUGGGAUUGGCUUCAAGUGGAUACAUGGACUUUUUUAUGGCACCUUUCGUACCAAUCACUAUCCUAGUAAUUUUUCUCAUGCUCUUCCAAUUCCUCCCGGAGACUCCGCAGUAUUUGCUGAUGAGGAAACGAAAGGUGGAAGCUGAAGCAUCUUUUCGAUUCUACAGAGGAUGCAGGAAAAAUACUGAAGAACUUCCGGAAAAGUAUCUGAAGGAAUUUGCAGCUAUGCAGAAAAUUUAUGAUGGACUGAGCGGGGAUAGUAGUAGUCAAGGGAUUCAAAGGAAAGAUUUUGCUCCCAAAUCUACAAGACACGCCAUAGCCAUUGGUGUAACCCUUGUCACUUUAGCCUGCUUCUGUGGAACAUUCACCUUGAUUAACUAUGCUGCAGAUAUUUUCCACAAUGCUGGCUCCAGCUUCUCACCAAAUGAUGCUGCCCUCGUUGUAGGGGCAAUCCAGGUGGUGGGUGGCUGUGCAUCGUAUCUUCUCGUGGACAGAGCUGGAAGACGAGUUUUACUUAUUGGAUCGGCUCUAGGAACAGGACUAUUUCACUCUGUGAUGGGUGUCUAUGUCUUCCUGACCUCCAGGGGUUACACACUCGAAGGAUUCGAAUGGAUUCCGGUGGUAUCUCUCUCAGCUGUAAUGCUAGUGUCAGCUAUUGGUAUUGUAGCCCUCCCAUAUCCCAUCAUGGCAGAACUUCUGCCAACAAAACUCCGAGGACUCGUAGUGAGCAUAUGUGCAUCAAUUUCCUGGACACUGUCCUUCCUUUUGGUCAAAUAUUUCACCUACUGCGUCCAGCUUCUUGGACUCCAUGGAUGCAUAGGAUUUUUUGCAGUUUGUUGCUUCUUUGAAGUGUUCUUUGUGGCAGUUGUCCUUCCAGAAACCAAAGGAAAAAGUUAUGAAGAAAUUGUGAAACUCUUGUGCAGAUAACAUUGAAAUUCUUAUAAGAAAAUUUUGUCCUAACUGAAAAAAA